AUGGCCACCAAUUCACUCACCUUUUCCACGUGGCAACAAGCGCGAUGGAUGCAGCCACCGCAGCCGUCCACGCAAGCGGACAUUGCGGCAGCGAGGGUGCAAUCGUGCACGUACACCGCGCGGCACUCGCGCAUCGGGAGACCAGCCCGUGGAGCGCCAUCCCGCUUCGGCCUCGUGCAAUUAGCUGGUCCGCGCGGCGUGCCUAUCCCUCUCCGCGCCCACCGCCGUGCCGCGCGCGCCACACGAGGGUCUGCCGCGCGGCCCACCGCCGCGAGUGCGGCAGCCGAUGCUGCUACGUCGAGCGCGCAAUCUGCGGGGGACGUGGCGAUAUCGAUCUCGACGUUCAACAUCCUGGCGCCCAUCUAUAAACGACUGGCGGGCGAGGCGGUGCGCGAGAGCGCGUUCCCCGAGGAGUGGAUGACGCGCAACGAGCGCAUCCUCGCCGCUGUGCGCGCAACCGAAAGCACCGUCGUGUGCCUGCAGGAGUUCUGGUUCAACGCGGACCUGGAGCGCAUGUACCACGACGCGCUCGAGGCGCACGGCUACCAGCUCUACAAGCUGCCGCGCACCAACGCCAGGGGCGACGGGCUGGUGACGGCGGUGCGCGGCGGGGAGGGCGUGAGCGUGGCGGACUACGAGCCCAUCCUCUUCAACGACUGCGGGGACCGCGUCGCACAGCUGCUGCGCCUGCGCGUGCCCGGGGGCGGCGAGAUGCUGGUGGUGAACACGCACCUUGCUCUUCCCGCACAACGCCAACUCCAGCCUCAUCCGCCUCCGCGAGUACACCAGCCCAUCCAUCCCGCACGCCAUCCCCCUCGCUCCCCCUCGUCCGCUCAUCACCCCCACCCCCAGGUGUACAAGGUGCUGGAGUACCUGGAGCAGUACCGCCAGCGCCACCACCUGCCCGCACUGCCCAUCGUGCUCUGCGGCGAUCUGAACGGCACCAAGGCGGGGCGCGUGUACCGCUUCCUGCGGUCACAGGGCUUUGUGUCGUGCUAUGACACCGCCAUGCAGCACCCCGACCAUGACACUCGUUGGGUGUCGCACCGCAACCACCACGGGGUGCUGGUGGGCGUGGACUACAUCUGGCUGCUCAACCCCAGCGCGCAGGACCAGCCUCUCACCGCCGACUGGAAGGCCGCCAUCUUCCAGAUGAUCAAGGCGAAGCUGGGCGAGGCGGGCAUGGAGGAGGAGCGGCAGGCGUUUGACUUCUUCCGCAGUGAGAGCGAGGCGGGUGCGGAGGCGCAGGGCGAGGUGGCGGAGCACGUGACAGUGGAGCAGUUCAACUACGCCAUGGACCAGCUGGGGCUGACGGGCGAGGGCACGGUGGGGCUGACGCGGGCGGAGAUAGAGGAGCUGGUGCAGUGCGUGGACACGGAUGGCAACGGCGUCAUUGACUACGAUGAAUUCAAGCAUUUCAGCUUCCAUGAUUCAUCCUGUGCUUUCUCCUUCUCCUCUUCCCCGGUGGUGCAGACGCUGCUGCUGGCGCCGUCCAUGGAGGAGACGUACGCGCGCAUCAAGCAAGCCACAGGCAUCGUCGAGUUGGCCUGGCCCUCCAACCCCCCCCCCUCCGCCUCCGCCGCCUCACCAGCCGCCCUAGCGUCCACAGUGCAGGGCGAGUCAUCAUUGUCGCCGGACCUAGUGGUGUGUGGGGCGCAGCUGCUGCCCGACCCCAUGGCGCACGGCGUGUGGCCCGAUGACUACUCCAUCUCCGACCACGCCAUCCUCACUGCCGCCUUCACUGCUGCUCCCACCAGCACGUAG